AUGGCAUCAUGUCCACUGACCCAAAGACUGAGAGUGAUUCAUGUUUUAAAGCAAGACAGUCCUGUUCUUGAGAUCGUCGAAGCUCCUAAGCCAGAAGUCGUGGAGUUCAACAACACAAUCUACGCCACUUGUGACGUAACACCCGUCCCUAAUUUAACAGCCAGCCAGCCACAGAUCUUUGGGCGGGUGCUUUUCAAGCAGGUCUUUCCCAAUGGAACGCUAGCAGUGAAAAUCAACCUCCAUGGUUUGCCUGCCGAUGAUCAGCAAGUGCGCGCCAUCCACAUCCAUCAGUAUGGAGACCUCAGUCAAGGGUGCGUCACUGCUGGUCCUCAUUACAAUCCGCGGGAGGUUGACCAUCCCGGUCAUCCCGGAGACCUGGGCAACUUUGUUUCUGAGCAAGGAGUUAUAAGGAGGUUCCAGAUGCUCCCGGAGGCCAAGCUGUUCGGGGGUCAGUCCGUUCUGGGACGCGCAGUGGUGGUUCAUGAGAAGGAGGAUGAUCUGGGAAUGGGGUCAGAUGAGGAGAGCAAACGCAGUGGGAAUGCUGGGAAGAGGAUCGCUGGCUGUGUGAUUGGCAUUACUACUCCACGUCUGUGGCAGAAGACUGAAGGGCUCCCUGGGGAAGAGGCGGAGGAAAAAUAAGAGGAGCAGAAGAAAUAAUGCAUUGUGUCUUAGAUUGAUACUGUGUUUGAAAUAGGUCAGUAAUUAUUAAUCUUAAAAGGGAUAGUUCAGCCAAAAUGAACAUUCUGUCA